AGAGAUUCUAAACUCAGGAAACACGUUCUAUUUAGUUUAGGUAGAGAGUGAUUUGGUUAUUUUACAAACAGAGAUCAUAGAAAACAACAUAAGUACCAACAGAAAUGGCUUCCUGCAGCAGUCUCCUGUCUGAAGAUCAGUUCCAGUGUUCUAUCUGUCUGGAUGUGUUCACUGAUACUGUCACUAUUCCAUGUGGACACAACUUCUGCAAGGCCUGUAUCACCAAGUACUGGGACAACAGUGGCCUGUGUCAAUGUCCUAUGUGUAAAAUGACUUUUGAUAAGAGACCAGAUCUCUUUGUCAACACUUUCAUCUCUGAGAUGGCUGCUCAAGAAGCAGAGAGAGAGUUAGCAGACAAUGUUCAGGUCUUCACUGCUCUGGUGCGUUCUAUUGAGAGAAGCCAGGCUGAGCUCAUUGAGGUGAUUGAGGAGAAGCAGAAAGCAGCAGAGAAACAAGCUGAAGGGCUGAUUAAAGAUCUGGAGCAGGAGAUCACUGAGCUGAAGAGGAGAAGCACUGAGCUGGAGCAGCUCUCACACACUGAGGACCACCUUCACCUGCUCCAGAGCUUCCCAUCCCUGAGCAACCCUCCACACACCAAGGACUGGCCUGAGAUCAGUGUCCACAGUGGUCUGAGUGUGGUGGUAGUGAGGAGAGCCGUGUCUCAGCUGGAGGAGACACUCAAUGAAGAGAUGGAAAAGCUGCCUGAAGUCAAGCUGAAGAGGAUUCAGCAGUAUGCAGUGGAUGUGACUCUGGACCCUGAUACAGCACAUCGAAAACUCAUCCUGUCUGAGGAUGGGAAACAAGUGAGAAAUGGAGACAAAAAGCAGGAUCUCCCUGACAACCCAGAGAGGUUUGAUUAUUUUGGCAAUGUCCUGGGAAAGCAGGGCUUCUCCUCAGGGAGGUUCUACUAUGAGGUGCAGGUUGAGGGGAAGACUGACUGGAUUCUGGGAUUGGUCAGAGAGUCCAUCAACAGGAAGGAGACAACCACACUGAGUCCUGAGGAUGGAUACUGGACUGUGAGUCUGAUGAAUGGAGAUGAGUACAGGGCUCUGGCUGACCCCUAUGUCCUCCUUUCCCUGAGACAGAAGCCCCAGAAGGUGGGGGUGUUUGUGGACUAUGAGGAGGGUCUGGUCUCCUUUUAUGGUGUGGAGGCCAGGUCUCAUAUCUACUCUUUCACUGGCUGCACCUUCACUGAGAAACUCUAUCCAGUCUUCAAUCCCUGUAGGAAUGAUGGAGGUAAAAACUCUGCCCCUCUGAUCAUCACAACAUCAAACAUAAAUCUAGAAUCAAACAACAUACAUUUCAAUCAGGAAAGACCAGUGACCAAUGGUUGUCUGCAGCAUGAAGAGAGAUCCCCCAUGGAGUCCAGACACUGGUGUCGGGGGCUGACGACCCAGCCAGACAACAAGCAGAAGAGGCAGACAGGAGACGAAGUCAAGAAGACCAGGUUGUGA